CGGCGAAGAGCACUUUAGCUGCUUUUUACCCUUUUUUUACCAGGUUUAAAGGGGAAAAAAUAAGCGAAAUAGAGAGUACAGAUAAAUUGUAGAUAGCUGAAGGACUCUGUGCGGGGGAAAGCAAGUUCUUAGAGUAGUUUAGAGGCUGGAAAUGGGGGUAAAAUCUUAGCUAGCGUCCCCUGAGUCCACUCCACUGAACUCUCGCCGCCUGUGCGGAGCUCCGUUCAGGCCGCGGCUUGUUUUUGUUGUUAUUGUCGUCAAAAUGGCGACUGGCGCUGAGGCCCCGGAGUCCUGGUACCUCGCCCUGCUCGGCUUCGCGGAACAUUUUCGCACGUCGAGCCCACCUAAAAUACGUCUGUGUGUGCACUGUCUCCAGGCUGUGCUUCAGUUUAAACCUUCGCAGAGGGUAGAAGCCCGAACGCACCUCCAGCUCGGCUCGGUCUUGUACCACCACACCAAGAACAGCGACUUGGCCCGGAGUCAUUUGGAAAAAGCGUGGUGCAUCUCGCAACAAGUCCCACAGUUUGAAGAUGUUAAAUUUGAGGCUGCCAGUCUCCUCUCGGAGCUCUAUUGCCAACAGAAUUUGGUUGAUUCUGCUAAGCCUUUACUACGCAAAGCCAUUCAGAUCUCCCAGCAGACUCCAUAUUGGCACUGCAGAUUGUUAUUCCAGCUAGCACAACUGCACACACUAGAGAAGGACUUGGUGUCUGCGUGUGACCUGUUGGGUGUAGGUGCAGAAUAUGCCAGAGUCGUGGGAUCAGAAUAUACCAGAGCGCUGUUUCUUUUGAGCAAAGGGAUGCUGCUGCUGAUGGAGCGUAAGCUGCAGGAGGUACACCCUUUGCUCACGUUGUGUGGGCAGAUUGUGGAGAAUUGGCAAGGAAACCCCAUACAGAAGGAGUCCCUCCGGGUGUUUUUCCUAGUGCUCCAGGUUACACAUUACUUGGACGCUGGACAGGUGAAAAGCGUAAAGCCAUGUUUGAAGCAGCUGCAGCAGUGUAUUCAGACCAUCUCAACACUUCAUGAUGAUGAAAUCCUGCCCAGUAACCCUGCAGAUCUUUUCCACUGGCUGCCGAAGGAGCAUAUGUGUGUGCUUGUCUACCUGGUGACGGUCAUGCAUUCAAUGCAGGCUGGCUACUUGGAAAAGGCACAGAAGUACACAGAUAAAGCUCUCAUGCAACUAGAGAAACUAAAAAUGUUGGACUGCAGUCCAAUCCUCUCUUCAUUCCAAGUCAUCCUGCUGGAGCACAUCAUCAUGUGUCGCCUGGUUACAGGCCACAAGGCGACGGCACUGCAGGAGAUCUCUCAGGUGUGUCAGCUGUGCCAGCAGUCUCCUCGCUUGUUCUCCAACCAUGCUGCCCAGCUCCAUACUCUAUUAGGUUUGUACUGCAUUUCAGUGAAUUGCAUGGACAAUGCAGAGGCUCAGUUCACUACAGCGUUGCGGCUCACUUCACACCAGGAGUUGUGGACCUUCAUCGUGACCAACCUGGCCAGUGUAUACAUUAGAGAGGGCAACCGACACCAAGAGCUUUAUAGCCUACUAGAGAGAAUAAACCCUGACCAUAACUUUCCUGUGAGUUCUCAUUGUCUGCGGGCUGCAGCCUUUUAUAUUCGAGGACUCCUCUCCUUCUUCCAGGGACGCUACAAUGAGGCCAAACGUUUCCUGCGUGAGACCCUAAAGAUGUCCAAUGCAGAGGAUCUGAAUCGGCUGACCGCAUGCUCUCUUGUUCUUCUUGGACACAUAUUUUAUGUCCUUGGAAACCACAGGGAAAGCAACAACAUGGUGGUCCCAGCCAUGCAGCUGGCCAGCAAGAUUCCUGAUAUGUCUGUUCAACUCUGGUCAUCUGCUCUUCUCAAAGAUCUGAAUAAAGCCUGUGGGAACACAAUAGAUGCUCAUGAGGCGGCUCAGAUGCACCAAAACUUCUCUCAGCAGCUACUGCAGGAUCACAUAGCUGCCUGCAGCCUGCCUGAACACAACCUCAUAAGUUGGACAGACGGACCUCCACCCGUCCAGAUCCAAGCUCAGAACGGACCCACAACCAGCCUGGCCAGCCUGCUUUGAAUAUACAAUACACACUUUACACACAGAUACACAUCAUCCAUUUACACACACACAUAUACACAUACACACACCUCACUCACUGUGAGCACACAAAUUGUACAUACAGGUCAGCCUCCUCUGAGCCCUCACAAACACACACACACACAUGUACAUGCACUCGCUCACACACAUACUCACACUCACAUGCACAUUACAACUCAAAAGGAGAGAGGACUCCUCUGCCUUCGACCUGCAGAUUUUAUCUUGUAUUUUUCAGAUUUUAACUUAUUCUUAUUGAACAUGUAUGCUGUUGGGACGCUGAGAUUUUUCAUUCAUUCAGUCUUGGAGAAAGGCUGGGGCGUUAAGUCCUGAGUACUAUAGGCACGAAUAGUCUAGUUUAGUGCUUAUGAACCUCCACACACGGCAAAUAGAAAAGAAACCUUUAAAUAAAACUGAGAAGAGGCUUGUAGUAUUGUAAUAUUUUAUUUGGCUGAUUGGUUACCAGGCAGAUGCUAUUUUUAUGGAUAUCUUUGGUGACUCUACUAGAAAGAAGUUCCUCUUCUUCAUAUCGGUGAGAACUUCACUUUACGUCUGAUUGGCCUCCUCUGCCAAGUGUGUAUGUUCAUGUACGAACUCAGUUUGGAAGACCCUUCCAACAGACCAGUCUGUUUUUUUGUCUUUUGUUUUUUUUUUUGUUUUUUUUCUCUCCAUUGUCAUAAUUAUUAACAUUUAAAAAAUAUAUUUAAUUCCAGCGCAUUAUUCAUUACCUUAACCAGAUUGGGCUAAACAUACUGCGAUGUGUGUCGUCGGCUUUGCAAUGAAACAGUAGGUAUGGUUGGGGUGGGUUAAGAUUAGGCUCUACCUGGAAGCAGGACAAUGAUUAUCAGGCCAACUUGUUCAAUUUAUGUAAAUCUAGAGCUGAUCCUAAAUUAAAUGAUUUGGAGUAAUCUAGUGUUUUUCAACCUAAUCUUUCUGCCUGUAACAUCUGUAGCAUACAGUUGAUUUACUAUGGAUGAUAAAAGUGCAAAUAUUUUAGAUAUUAAAGACGGAUGCUUUGCUCUUAAAGAAAGUUUUAUCUAAACUAACUGUAUAGUAUAGACAUCAGGCUCUUUAUCCUUUAACACUUUAAAUGUACAAAAUAGCAAAAAAAAAUUCAAAUUGAAUUUUGGCCUCCUAAAAUAUUAUCAUUUAAAAUCCAAAUAUUUUAUGAAAACAUUCAGGCACUUGUUGCUGUACUGUUUGAAAGUGUUUUUAUAAUAAAUGUUUCCCUGUACACUGACAUACCAGAAGUUAUGGGACAGGAUUUUGCCACAUCCCACGGAAGUUAAUGCCACACUGAUCUGCAUUAUAUGUGUGUGGAAUCUUCUGCAUUAAAUCUGGGUGUGAUUUUAGCCAGACACCACUGGUCAAGAUCAUUAGCAAACUUACAUUAAUUGCAGUAAUAACACACUGGCCGGAUAACGAGAGAGCACCUCACAGCUUGCACAGGUUUGGGUUUUCUUAAGCACUUUGUGAUCAGUUUAUAUCCUGUGAUCUACAGUAUGAUGCAGAUGUGAUGCAGAUGAUAUUUAUUGAAAAACACUGGUCUAUACUUAUUUGAUUUAGAUCUAAAGUUGGCCUGUAUCCAGUCCCCUGUAUUUAAAGCCUUGCAUGUAAAUAACGACAGGUAGAGCUCCAGAGCAGAAAAGCAGUGUUGCCCAGUCAGAACAGGCUGAAGGAUAUGCAGAGAUACAAUAUUCAGUCAGAACAGGAAGAGAGCUCGCAAGGGCAGCUAAACACUGAAAGGCAAUUGAUUCAGAUAAUUAAUUGAUAGCAGAAUAUCAGUUGUCGUUGCACCUGGGGUCAGUAUGAGUCGUCUCUUUAAUGCUGUCUAAUCCACAUCUCUCUAAGUAUUGUUUCAGCAUUGUGAGAUAUAUAUAUAUUUCUUUCUCUCUUUUGUCCUAUUUCAUCAUUUAUUUUUUUAACUGUAUCUAAGAUGAGUAACUAAAUGCAUAGUAAUCUUGUUUUUCUUUGUUUUGUUUUUUGUUUUUCGUUUUCACAGUUUAUGUCUCGUGAGGGGUAUUCUGAAGUAUGUAUAGAAUUUUUCUAUUUUGAGAGCUGCAGAUACUUUCAGAGCAGCAUCUUAAAUUUCUUUACCAAUGACAGUUUUAGUAAAAAAAUAAAAUAAAGAAACAUUUUGGCAAUGCGGUUUUAAGGAAAUGCUGUCGGAUAUAUAGAAACAAAGGCGGACAUGGUUAUAGUUUAGGCAGUUUUGGUCUUCAAAUUGCAAUUGUUAGAUCAGGAGUGGGCAGUUCCUGUGCUGAAGGGGGCUGGAUUCCAGCAUAGUUUUUUGUUUUUUUGCUUUUCCGGUUUAAACAUACCCGAUUCAAAUCUCUUGUUAAUUAUCAGGUUUACUAGGUCUUCGGCUGUGUUCAGACUACAGGCAAAUCAGAUUUGUUUCUCAAAUCAGAUCUGUUGAGAUGAUGUUUUUUGCAAGUGAUCAGAUCGGAUUUGUGUGAGAGAUGAGAAGAGGAUGCAUCUGUACAAGUCUGAUUUUAAUUAUAUUUCAAACCACCGGACAUCAUGUGGUUUGUAGCUGUAAGUCUAUCAAAAUUUAACCUGGAUGGAGUAUAGAUAUCCCAAAAUUAUGAUUUGGCCUUGCAAAUAUUCUACGUUCACACAACAGGUAAAAGUGGCCAAAUCCAUUAUUUAUUUUAGGCUGUUGAUCUGACUUCUGGCUCAUGAUUUGUAAUUGGCACACGUGCAAUAGAACAGUGCUUCACAUUAAGUUUCACUUUAAUCCUUUUCAGAAUCUCAGGAGCAGUGAAUUACGACUGCAGCUGAGCUAACCACCAAAACGUUCCUCCAGCUCGUUGGAAAGAGCAUGUUAUUCGGCCAUAGACAGGUUUUUAUUUUGUAAUUUUCAUUUGACGCUGAAGCAUCAAUCUCAAGCUGCAUUUGGAUGAUUUAUUAGUGACCCAAAUCGAAAAUAAAAAAUGUCAGAUUUACGUUUUUUUCAGCUGGACAAAUGACAAAAAAGAUCGGAUUUUAGUCAGGUUUAUUGGCUGUGUAAACGUAGCCAUAGGGUCUUCAAAGUGACUCAAAUCUGAUUUCAAAGACUGAAUAUGGCUGCUCAAACUGAAGUCAAAUUUAAUAAGUUUCUCAUAUCAGAUCUGUUGAGAUGACCAUCUGCACUGUUGUUGGCAAUUGAUCAGAUGAGAUUUGUUUCUCUGGACAUCACAAACAUUUGGGUUGCUGUGGUAUUGAGGUUGACGUCAGUAACUGACCUUUAGUGCUUUUCUUGGACCCCUGCUCUCUCCCUGUCGCACUGUGACACCAAAGACGUGCUAUUUCAGUUUGAGCGUCCAGACUAAGAAGCGUCUGUACAAAUCAGAUUUCAGUUAAAUAAAAAUAAUAAUAAAUUGCAUUGCAAACCACCUUUAAACGUGACUUUGAUCUGAUUUGCAAACAUCGUAUUUCAUCUGAUUUCUAGCUGUUCAAUUUUUUUUUUAUCUUAAUGCAAUCUACGUAGACCAGAAAUCAGAUUUGGGCUGGCAGUCUGAACAUGGCGCAAGAGCAAAGAUAUCAGUGAACAAGGCUGGACUCCGGCCCCUUUUGCUUACCCCUGUGUAAUUGUUUAAAAGCCUUCAAAAAUAGGAUUGUCAUUACUUGCCUAAAAGCACCAGCGUACUAUUUCUCAAAUAACAGGGCUUUAUGUUUGGUCUAAUAGUUUUUAUCCCCCUUAUUAUUACACAUGCUUUAGGCUUGAAUCACCCAAAAAAAAGUUUUGUUGAUGUGGUUAGAGUGUGGCAGCAACUGCAGCCAGCAGAUGGCACUAUAGGGUCACGUAUAACUACAUGCGCUUCGAUCAGCACUGAACUAACUGUCUGAUAAGCAGGAGUUUUAGGGUGGCUGGCUGAUCCCCAGAUUCAGAUUCCUGCAGUGAAGUCUAAUCUAAGAUCAGAUCUUCGGUCCUGAAGAGUGAAGAUCUAAUAUAAGGUCCUGGUACAGUCUCAUAUUAAGUGUGUAUAAAGGGGAAAGAAGCGUUCCAGAUUCUCUGAUUCCAUUCUUAACACAAAACCUUUCAUAAAACAUGCUAGUAAAUAUAUUCAUAUUAUUCUUUAUCUUGAUUGACGCCCAUAACACUUUCUGUUCUUUCCCUCUCAAAGACACUGUAUUUUUUGUACUGAUAUAUCACUAUGCUUUUUUUUUUGUUUGUUUUAUAUAACUUUUAUCCACUGUACAAACCCAGUCAAAAAGGUUUCUUUAAGGUAUUUUUACCCCCUGCCCUCUUUUCUGUAGUUUUAACAAAUAAAUUCAUUUAUUACGUUU